AUGCCGCAUAGGCCGAAACUUCCUAACCAAGCCACUCUUGCACUAAAGAACAUUGCGAUCCUCCUUCAAACUCUCCCCGAAAGACUUACUACAUUGAGAUUAACAUCGGAGAGCACUAGUAGGAAGCUAUCGUGCUCGUACGAACAGCGACAUCGGCAGAUCUUUCCACCAGGGUUCGAUAGCAUUUCAUCCAAGAGUUCCACUCAGCAGUCGCCAUACACAUUCACCUCUGAUCAACUGUAUGAUAUGCUCACGAACAACUACCACCCCGACCAGCAUAUCGAGCAUAUCAUUGUCAGAUCUGCUUCAUACUGCAAACAAACCACUGGGCCGAAACAUGAGUUUAUUGUUCUCGAGGUCGAGGACCUGAAGUCACCCGGGCUUAGGAACUUCAUUGCCCUCGACCGCAACAACGGCGAUGGCCCUAACACUUCGUUCUUUGGGAGUACACAGAGCUCUCAAUCGUUCGCGGCAAAGGACGAGUUUAGGGUUUCAUACGACGGAAAGAGAGACAAGCUCCUUGAGCAGUGCGGCCUCCACGAACACGAUCCCGUCGAGUCCAUCGUAUUUGAUCCCGGAGCGCCUCUCUUGUUAUACCAAUUGGCUGCAUUAACACGAGCAGUAUCUCAUCAACGCGACAAGUACCACGUUAUCACCGCCAACUGCUAUUGGUUUGCCGGGCUCAUCUGGGACUGUAUGACGCGGAUGCGCCCAUCGGCCUACCACAAGGAGCUCAAGGGGAACAUCCGAGGAAAGUUUCUUGGGUGGCUUCAAAACAACACCAAUAUUGCUGAACUCGAGGUGGCUUAUCAAUAUGUCCUCAAGGAGUUAAUUGAUACCGAUAACAGAAUCUCAGCUCAGAAGCAGAAAUGGGCGUAUACCUAUGAUGCGCAGCUAAAAGGUGACAUUGAAGGAUACACAAAACGGAUCCAAGAACUCGAGGCGCUACUAAAGGUUAACUCUAGCCCCGAUUGGCACUAG